UUUUUUUUUUUUAUGUUUUAGUAAUAUAAAUAUAAAUAUGAAAGCAUUAGGGAGUUUUUCAUUUUUCUUAACAUUAUCAAUUGUAUGUGGAAUGAAACCAUGGGAAUAUAAAGGCUCCACUCCAGCUAUUAAAGAAAUCAUUUUAGGACGCUGCGCUCAAUUUGAGGAAAUAAAGCCUCAAAACCAUAAUCAGGCAUUAUACAUUGACGUCGAUUGUGCAAAAGUUUGGAGCUCGUUUUCUAAUAGUUUUGCUUCUAAAGACACCUGUAAAGGUAAUGAAAUUACAGAAAAGAGCUAUGAAGCAUUCUUUAAGUUAGCUGCAAGCAAAAAGCCAUUGACUGAUCAGGCUUUGUUUUGGUCAGGAACUCGAUACAUUGCACACGAAUACACUGCCGUACAAAGCAAUUUAUAUACAUUAGAAGACACAUUCCCGGGUUAUCUGGCAAACGAACUAAAGUGGUGUGGUUGUAAAAACUGUAAAGACGGGAUCGACUAUAACAACUGCGAUAAAGAUUGUGCAUUUAAGAACCAAGAUCCGUAUUGGUCAAGUGCAUCAAGAUUAUUUGCUGAAAAUGCUAAAGGAACGGCUUAUGUUAUGGUAAAUGGGACCACAAGUGAUGGUUUCACAGCAUAUUACAAUAAGAGUUAUUUUGGAAGAAUAGAGUUACCAACUAUGGGUAAAAUGAAACAAGUUAACCGAUUAGUAGUGGUUGUGGUUAAUGACCUUGAUGUAAAACCAAAAGAAAAAUGCGGCGAAGGAACAUUGAUCAACUUAGUGCAGGAUGCAACUAAAGCUGGAAUUAAGAAAGUUGAAUGUAUUGAUCAACCAAGAGACACGCUGUUUUUGUUAUGUGCUAAGUACCCCAAUGCUAGGCAAUGUGUUUCAAUGUCAAAUACAAAAACUAUUAGGAAUGAAGCUCAAAAACAGAGAAAAGUUCGCAAAGUGAGGAAAGUUCAAAAACCAGUUAAUUAACGACGUUUGUUAAAUUGAAAAAAAAAUCUAUUUUAUUGAA